AUGGAAGCACCAGCACCAGAGGAGCAGCUGGAUAUUCUAGAGUUUGACUUGGACACUGAGGCCAGGGAGGCGCAUCUUGCAGUGGUGCAGUUGUUGGAUGACAACUUGAGGGCCACACCAGAGGAGCAGCUGGAUAUUCUAGAGUUUGACUUGGACACUGAGGCCAGGGAGGCGCAUCUUGCAGUGGUGCAGUUGUUGGAUGAAAACUUGAGGGCCGCACCAGAGGAGCAGCUGGAUAUUCUAGAGUUUGACUUGGACACUGAGGUGGUGCAGUUGUUGGAUGACAACUUGAGGGCCACACCAGAGGAGCAGCUGGAUAUUCUAGAGUUUGACUUGGACACUGAGGCCAGGGAGGCGCUGCUUGCUGACGCAGCGGCUGAGAGAGACAAGACUAGGCGGUUACUGGAGGCUGAGUGUAGGGACUGUCAGAGACUUGCUGAGGUCAUCAGGACCAACACUUGGGACACCAUGGCUGUUAAAUCUAGGUGCAUCAAGGCAAUGCUUGGAGACUUCAGUGUUGAAAACUAUGGGCUCCAGCCGCAACCUCCGACUCAGGAAGUGGAUCUCAUCUGGGAGUGUGAGGCAAGAAAACUGUCUCUUGAGAUGUCACAGGGAGACCACUUUGAGCCUUGGUUCCCCUUCCCUGAGGAAGCCAAAGCAAUAGGCAUUACACAAUCAGUUUCUUCUCCAAAGGUUGAUAAGGAAGAUGCUGGAGAGGUGGAAAAGGAAAAUCCAUAUUUGUUUUUUGGCUCUUCUAGCUACCAGUUUGUUGAGAUCAGUCCAUUGCAUUGUUCUCAGUUUGAAAUUAGCACCUCAUUUAAUAGUGUUUCUGAAAUAGUAAUGCUUCAGAAAGUGUGUGAGGACUUGAGGUCAUACUUCAAUAAACUGUUUGAUGAAAUGUUUGUAGCUAAGGAGAGAGAAAUGUUGUUUCUUGCAGAUAGAAAUUCUCGUCUUCGCACCAUCCUAUCUGAGCUGCUAGUUACCUGCAAUGCUCCCAUGGAUGUAGCAGAGCCUGUAGAUGCAGAGUGGAGUCAAGAGGAGAAGACGGAACGGAUAGUCAUCAUAGAAGACAAUGAGGUCCCAGAAACACCCUACAUAUCACCAAGUGAACAGGAUCUUUUGGAUAAAAAAGCAGCAGAAGAAGAAAGGAUAAGGCAGCUGCUAGCUGCUGACAAUUUCCGAGAACUGGCGCUUAUAGACAUGAUGGAUGGAAUGCUGGAAGUGCGCUGGGAAGAUCAACUCAAAAAAGAAAUUCCUAAACCAAAAUGUUUGCUAGAAAAGAAACCUGAGGACUACAGUGAGGUUGAUCUUAAAGCUAUAAAAGACUAUGAAGAAAAAUGCAGAGUGCUUGCAUCUGAGAGAGAAAGAUACAGAAAAAUGCUAGAGAUUGAGUACAAGAAAGUAGAAAACACAAUUCAGGAAUCACUUGCAAGAUUUGAUAGCUCUCUAUUUGAAUUAUUUCAAAGAAGACUUAAGGUAGACGCAGCUAUGAACCAUGAACAGCUUAAGAUACUCAGGAUAUAUCAACUGAAUGAUGAUCGAAUUAGAAGAGAAAUCCAAGAGAGGGAAAUUGUGCAAAACAUGGCUCAGACUGAGCGAGAGACGGAGUUUGCUCACAAGCAAGUCACUCUGAUGCAGGAAGCUACAAAUGAAUGUAGAAGCAACUAUGAGACACUGGUGUACAAGGACAAAGCUCUGGGCAAGAGAUUCAAACAAGAGUUUAUAAACACACCAGCCUCUCCCGCUAUCAUCGAACAGCUUGUCAAGUAUUUUCGUCGACGACCCAAGCUGCAGCAGAGAGCCACCCAGUAUCCCACCUUGUUGUUAGAGCUGGCCAGAUGUGUAGUGGAGAGCGACAACACGUCCUUUAUGCCACCAGAGUUCCAUGAGUUCUUGAGUGCUGUAGAGGCUCUUGACUCUCCUGUGAGUGCUCCACCCUUUGAUGAGACAGUGUGGGCCACUCUAGUGCGAGUGCGCAGGGCCAAGAUAGAGUCUGAACUGAAGGUACGAGCGUAUGCAUUGGAGUUGAAGGAGGCAGAGUACACUCUGAGUGUGGUGAUGAAGCAGAUGAAGGCAGCCAGAGAGCAAGCCAACGCUCAUGUGGCAGAGCUCAGGGCAGCAAAAGAGGAGAAGAUACGGCUCAGCAGAGAUCUGCAGGUUCAGCUGGUGAUGAAGCAAGGGCUGGUGGAGGCCCCUCUCACUGGUCACAUCUCUGACUUCCAGCAUGCUGUCCUCAUCAACCCCAAGAUUGUGGAGAACAUCAACCAGCAUGUUAGAGCUGCAGGAGCUAAAAAACUUGAAGCGAUGAAACAAGUUACCAAAUACCAUAGGAUAAAUAAGUACAAGGAAUGGGAGUUCAGAAAGAUGAAGAUGGAAUGUGAAGAUCUAGAGGAUAAACUCAACAACAUUGAAAGUAUUAAGGUGACUCUUGAAGUGAAACAAUAUUUGAAAGAGAAAGACAAGCCACCUAAAGAGAAAGAAACACAAGAUGAAGAUUCAAUGUUCCUUAAACAGACUGAGGAAAACUACAAGGGAGCAGUAAAGGGUUUAACAGAAGAAAUCAAGAGUGUGAAGGCCAAGAUAGCCCAACUGAAGCAGCUGAAUGCCAAGGCAGACCGGAGCAUCCUGGAUCUCAAGUGCGACGUCAGUGAGCAACAGUUUGAGCGAGACCUGGAGCUGGAGCAAACCCUUAGUGAUGCCUCCAGACGCAGGAUGGCAAUGAUUGUGAAGCGAAGUAAACUAGUAUCCAAGAUUCAGCAAGUUCACAAUGAAAACUUGGUUCUCCAGACAGAACUAGAACUACUACGUCUCCGAACUUAUCCAACAUUGAAAUACAAAGCAGCUAUAUAGAAUAUGUUGCAAACUCAUUUCAUUGUUUGUUUAUGGUUAUUAAAAA